AUGCCUGAAAGGUUUCCUUCGAGUCAACGAAAAUCAAAUAAAAUGUCUAUCUCAGCGUUCAGAAGGAAGAAGCUCCUGUACGUCUUCAACGUUUUCUUUGAUGUCAAUCAAAGUGGCACCAUCGAGAGGAAAGACUUCGAGCUAGCAAUUGAGAAAAUCUGCCAUCUUCGCGGUUGGAAGCCGGGCGACACAAAAAACACGGAGACACGCGAGGUCAUGAUCAAGAUUUGGGAUGGUCUGAGGAAGAGGGCUGACUCCAAUAAAGAUGGACAGGUAUCCGUAGAAGAAUGGGUGUCCAUGUGGAAUGACUAUGCUCAGAAUCCAUCAGCGGCUUUGAAGUGGCAGCAACUUUACUGCCAGUUCAUGUUCCAGCUGGAAGACGCUAGUGCUGACGGCACCAUUGACUGUGAUGAGUUCACUACAGUCUGCUCCUCCUAUGGCAUUGACCCUCAGGAGUGCAAGAUGGCUUUCAGCAAGAUGGCCAAGGGAAAGGCGAAUGUCUCAUGGGAAGAGUUCCAGGAGCUGUGGAAAGAGUACUUCUCCACUGAAGACCCGAACGCGCCCGGAAACUUCAUAUUUGGAAGAACUACCUUC